GCUAACAGCAGACGUCUGUAAAGGUGAAGAGAUUAUCUGUUUUUUAAUGCUUAAUUAUUAUUAUUUUUUCACUGAAGUUUUCUAUGUUGUUUUUCUGUAAUGCCGCGAGUAAAAAGAGUGGAGUCUCUUUUUGAAAUUUCCAUAGAUUUUAUUACCGAAAACAUGGAUACAUUUUGUAAGGAAAUUUCGACUCUGGGUGAGGUUGACGCUGUCAGUCUCGAAGGAAGCACAAAUGUUUUUAAUCUGUUACCUUCCUGUUUUAUCGAAGAAAUCAUCAAGGUUCUUGGAGAAAAGGGGUAUUUGAAGAAACAAUUCCUUGAAUACCUGAUAACCCCCAGACUUCGUACUUUAGACUUUAGUACCAUGUGUGUUAGAAAUGAAAUUUCUGACCUUCUCCGCUUUGCUGCCAACAGAUGCCCAGAACUGAAAACUUUGAUGCUCUUUCAUCCCACAUAUUUCCUUGAUAAUGAAGACUACCUGAAUUUCAUCCCAAAUUUUACUGAAUUGCAAGUACUGAACAUUUCUUACUCAAGAGCUGGAGAUAUUUGCUUGGGCAUUCUUGGUAGCCAUUGUAAGAAAUUGAGGGAGCUGUAUGCUGAGCAUAGUUCAGUGACAGAUAGUGGUCUUCAAGAGCUGUUUAUUUUUGGGCAAUGCAAGUCAAUUAGUACAUUGGAUCUUGAUUGGACGAAAGUGACCAUGACAGGAAUUCAAAUGGCAUUAGAUAAUUUACCUUCCUUGAGGGUGCUUCAUCACCAAUCUACUGUUGAAUGUCUAGUCAAAAUCCAUCAAGCAUCGUCUCAUCAAGAGCUAGAUAUUAUCCCCAAGUACAAAUUGUCAAUGCUCGCCAUCCGUUCUCCCUUUAAAAGUGGUAGUCUACGUAUAGCGGUAUCCUUUUGCCCUUUGCUUACUAAUGUCGACAUCAGAAUGCCUAAAGAAUUGACUGACGUUGACCUAUUAAGCUUAUUGGUUCUUGAAACCCUUUGCGACCUAAAAAUUUGUGGGCAUCGCGAUGGAAAUAUUACAUUUCCUGGCGGUGUGAGACCUCUUUUGAAUUCAUUAGGGAAUUCGCUUAAAUCUCUAGAACUUUCCCUGUUCCGUGACGUUAAUAUUCCAGUAGUGACGGGAUCUUGCCCUAAUCUUAUCUCCCUUAAUCUUUUAAACAAUUUGAAUUAUAUUAAUCCCUGGCAAGAUGGGCAGAAUUUUUUCAAAAGCGAUGAAAUCUUAAUGAAUCUCGAGGCAUUGAAUUUAAAAGGCCGCAUUCCCUCCCUGCAUCUUUUUUUGCUCCUUUUUUCUCCCUCGCUUGUGUGCGUCCGCUUAAACGAUUGCGACACCCUCACUGACGAAAUACUAAUGAUGAUCUCCAUUUUCCAUCGAUUCCAUAAUCUUGAGCACUUUGAAAUUUCAAAUUGUAACCUUGUGACCGAGAAAGGUAUCGACGUAUUCAUGCAAGACAGCAAUGCGCUUCAGAAGGUUGAGUUUAAAUGGUGUGAUAAGGUGACGCGGAAGAAUAUUUGUGACUGGAAGAAGAAAGCCAAUGAAAAAAAUUGGCAAUUGUCUAUUUCGGCUCAAUUAAGUUUUUAAAAUUGUGUUGUCCUUUUAUUGCAUUCGUUUAUGUAACAUAAUUGGGAAUGUUCUGAUAAUUAUCAAUUAAACUGAAAUGGUUAACCUCUAAA